AAUUUCACAACACUCAACUCUUUCCUCAUCUCUAUAAUCUCUUACCCUUCAUUCAUUCUUUUCAAUCUUUUCUUCAAGCUUCUAUAUUCCCAAAUGGCCAGCGUUGAUGUUGAUGUUCAAUCAGCUGCCGCGACAACAUUGGUAGAGAACGAGACAGCACCAGCAGAGGUAACCAAAGUUGAGGAGACAACACCAAAAGAGGAGCCAACCGCUACACCCGUGGCGGCCAAGCCGGUCACAACAUCAGAUGCACCGCCAGCUGUAGAGGAAAGCGCGGCUCCCGAAGCCGAUACCAAAGAAGUCUUAGAAGCAGAAACCAAGGUUGAAGAGGAAGCAAAGCCAGCACCAGAGGAGACAAAGGAAGAGACACCCGAGGUGAAGCCAGAAGCAGUUACAAAGGAGGCCAAAGUCGAGACUACGGAAGCACUGGCAGAUACCGCAGCAGGAGAGGAGGAGAAACCGGCCGAGGAAAAGGGAGAUGAAAAAGGCGAAGAAGUUCCUGUUGAGAAAGUUGAGGAAUAGAGUGACCAUUUUGCAAAAGGUGGCAUAGCUUUAUAUAGUCAUCAUAUCAUCUAUAAUAACUAUGUAGGGUAAGGGACGAUGAGAGUUUUUCUUUUGUUAUUGUCUUUCUUUCGUUCUUUGGGGUUUGCUGUUAGUAUUAAACAUGCCAUGUACUUUGCUUUCGAUGUAUAUAUGCAUGUAUGUGUUUUUUUGGUUCCAA